AAUCAAAAUUCUAGCAAUUUUUCAACUGGUCUUAGGAUUUUGAUCAGGAGUGUACGUUGUACAUUAUUGCUCGCCUAACCCCGCCCACCGUCACAGUGGACUUCCUGCGCCAUCGCGUACUACAUUCUGUUCAAUUAAUUUGCGGGGGAGCCAGCAGUUCCCUUUAGGUCUCGGGUCCUUGGUCUCGACAGUCUAAAUUCGCAAAGCUGGUCGCGGCCGGAGGAGGAGCGACGACUGGCUUUCGUCGACCGAGUAGGCCUUGUCGGCUGAAGAACCCUAAAUUGGACUAGUCAAUAUGAAAAACGGGACGGAACCCUUUUUUGGUUCCAAACGGCUGCAAACGGUUGCAAAGGUUCCGGGUGGCAACGUGACGGAAUGACCAAGCCGACGUACACAAAAAGCUGACGCUCUUCCGGCCAGCUCAGCGUCAGUCCUGUCUGUCUCCGGGCUGUCCGUAUACUCACCUCCAGCAUUUCUUUUAUUGAUAUCAUAGGUGGGCAGAGAUGGUGCUCCUGACCAUGAUCGCCCGGCUGGCUGACGGCCUGCCGCUGGCCGCCUCGAUGCAGGAGGACGAGCAGGGAAGCGAAAAGUUGGGCCGGGACCUGCAGCAGUACCAGAGUCAAGCCAAGCAGCUCUUCAGAAAACUCAACGAACAGAGUCCCACACGCUGCACUUUAGAGGCGGGCUCUAUGUCGUUUCACUAUUUUAUUGAGAAAGGGGUGUGCUACCUCGUCUUGUGUGAAGCUAGCUUUCCCAAGAAGCUGGCCUUCGCUUACCUGGAGGACCUGCAGGCUGAGUUUCAUGAGCAGCACGGGAAGAGAGUACCCACCGUGUCCCGGCCUUACUCCUUUAUUGAGUUUGACACCUACAUCCAAAAAACCAAGAAGGCCUACAUAGACAGCCGAGCCAGAAGGAAUCUGGGCAGCAUCAACACAGAGCUGCAGGACGUGCAGAGGAUCAUGGUGGCCAAUAUAGAAGAGGUGCUGCAGAGAGGAGAGGCCCUCUCUGCACUAGACUCCAAGGCCAGCAACUUGGCCAGCCUGUCCAAGAAGUACCGCAGCGACGCCAAGUACCUGAACACCCGCUCCACUUAUGCCAAGCUGGCCGCCGGCGGCGUCUUUUUCAUCAUGCUCAUCGUCUACGUGCGCUUCUGGUGGCUCUGAAAACGUAAGGGAGGGAAGUAUGCAAGUGAGGCCGCAUUGGGUCGACAGACACUACAAAAACCACCUUUGACUAAAAACGGCAUCCUUAAUGACUUUUCAAACAAUAUUACCUCCCGUUUUGUUGUCUGCAGAUGACAGCCUAUUGCAUUACACUUUCAUAAUUAAUUGCCCCCGGUUGAGGAAAUGCAACCAGUGGACGUUUUUGAAGGCAAUCGCGUGUAAAAGUAGAGGAAAAAUGAAGGGACUUUUGUUGUAAGUUUCCACACCUUUACAGGGGCAGCGUUACCCACAGUAGAUUCUUCAGAGCGGGUAUUGACAUUUAUUAUAGACCCAAUUUGACUGACAUACCAUUAAUCAGCCCACAACACAGUUUAAUAGAGGUGUUUUUUUAUUUUAAAGAUUCUUUGUGGCAGAUUAUUUUUUUCGCCAUAGUGACAUUUGUAAGUAUCCUUUGCUCUGCGUGGAUCAGCAACUUUCCUGUUUGUUGGCAAGCACGUAGAAACAAAGCAUGAUAAAAAAAAAUAAUAAUAAUAAUAUAUGCCCUAUGUCCAGGCUCUUUUUAUCUUGUACAAAGUUUACUCAUGUAAAUGUAAAAGUGGCUUCAGGCUGAGCAGCAGAGCUGCAAACAAGACACAAACCAGCUCAGUUUUUUCUGUUUCUGUCUGCUAGCAGUUAAUAAAAUGGUUUG